CGUUACCCAUCGCAACGGUAAUCAUCUGCAGAAUGUCAACACAAGACUGCUAGCCCGAUAAAACAAGAAAUCCCAAUAUCUUCCCAAGGGUUAGUGUGUUGCCACUUUGGACGAAUGCCUAAAAUAAGCACUGACACAUUAUGGGAGCUGGCAGCGUUGGAGGUCCGCAACCGAGAAAACGAUGUUGGCGACGACGAGGAAACCGAACAACAGGAUAAGUCACUGCACGAAAGAACCGUGUUUUUUAUGGGAAGCAAGUCGGGGGGUAAAACAACAAUUUUGCUCCGAUGCCUUGACAGAGACGAAGCACCUAAACCCACUCUCGCAUUAGAAUACACAUUCGGGAGAAGAGCGCGAGGGCAUAAUACGCCAAAGGACAUAGCACAUCUGUGGGAACUAGGAGGAGGAACGUCACUCUCAGACCUCGCUCAGAUCCCCAUCAAUGCACAGAAUGUCAGGGCCUUCUCUGUGGUGCUGGUGCUGGACCUGUCCAAGCCCAACGCGCUGUGGGCCACCCAGGAGAGGCUUCUCCAGGCCGCCAGGACCCAGGUGGAGAGGAUCUGCUCCGGGCCUCAGCGAGGGUCGGACUCCCGGUCCAGUAAACAACCUGGCCCCAUCGGCACCCCCCGCGUCCUGCCCAAAGACCAUCCCGACAGAGAACUCAUCAACCCAUUUCCAGUUCCGCUGCUCUUGAUAGGCAGCAAGUUUGACAUCUUCCAGGACUUUGACUCCGAGAAGAGGAAGGUGUUGUGCAAGACCCUACGCUUCCUAGCUCACUACUACGGAGGAUCUCUCAUCUUCACCAGCAGCAGGGCAGAGGGCGCCAUAUCCAAAACCAAGAGCUUUGUCAGCCACCUUGCAUUUGGGACGGACAGAUCGAAGUCCAUGUCCACUGACCCUGGCAAGCCUCUGUUCGUCCCCGCUGGCACGGACUCCUUGAGUCAGAUUGGGUCCCCACCCACCACAGAUAUUGACAUCGGAAGCCUGCAUGCCAGAAACCCACUGGAUCUGUGGAAGAAAGUGUUCGAAAGGGUGUUUCCUCCUGAGACCAGCACAGAAGACAAGCAGCUGAAGGACCCAUCCAAAGACCCGCAGUAUAGUGAGGCCCUCAUCGACUCCAUGAGGGCACAAAAGGACCAGGAGCUGGACCAGUACAAGAGAGAUGCUGCAAAGUCAUGGAAAGGCCUGGAGUUGGAGUCCUAACAUUCAACUAUGGCACCCACACACACACACACACACACACACACACACACACACACACACACACACACACACACUCGAGAGACCGAGAGAAAGACAGACAGACAGACACAUACACACGCACACACUCUCUCAAACCGAGAGAAAGACAGACAGGCAGACACAUACACACGCACAGAUAUACAAACCUUCAAAUGUUACAAAAACAUACACAGUGUCACAUCAUGCUUUGACAUGAUUUAUUAAUAUUUUUGUACUAUUUAAGCUCUAUUUUUCCUUCAUAUUUGUAUACUGUAUAUACAAUAAAUUACAUUUAUGCACACUA